AUGUCAACCCCCACCGGGGAAAACGGGGGGUACACAGCUGUGAAACUCGACACCACAAAUGAAGAUCCUCUUACUCCUGUGGCACCAACAAACCCAACCCCUGUGGUAGCAGGCACAGCAACAGCGGGCAGCCAGGCACCAGUGCCAGGCACUGAACCAGAAACUGAGGAUAGCACGUGGCAACUGGGAGACCAUGUGGAUAAAGGGAAGGAUAGAACAGAAGACACCCCAUCAGAUGAGGAAGGUGGAAUGCAGGAUGAUUAUGUGAGACUAAAAAGGGGAAGCCAUGACCCGGUAUAUGUAUCAACACCUCAUAUGUUAGUUAUGUUGGCAUAUCAGAAAAGAUAUGUGUGUGGCAGCACAGACAUAAGUCCAUGUGUAAGACCUAGUUGGGUGACACGGCCAAGCUGCACAGCUGAUAAAAGUGGGGUCUUGUCAGGCUGUGACGUAUUGCCACAAGGAGACAUGUAG